CUCGGCGGAGGUAAACAAAAAAGGUGACCGCGGCUCCACGGCGCUCUGCCGCAGCCUGCCGGGAGAGGGAGGGGCGACGAGGGGGGGGCUAGCCAGGGCUCGACGCGGGACGCUCGCGCUCGUGGAUUUCCCCGCUGCCGGCACGGACGUGGCGUCGGGCGCGAAUAUGGAAUGAGACGCGAAGGCGGCUGGAAAUGGGCCGGCGUUGACGUCCGCUUCAACUUCCUCGGCUGGCGGCUCGGUUCGGACAUGGACGAGUUCCACCCGUUCAUCGAGGCGCUGCUGCCGCACGUGCGCGCCUUUGCCUACACGUGGUUCAACCUGCAGGCCAGGAAGAGGAAGUACUUCAAGAAGCACGAGAAGAGGAUGACCAAAGAAGAAGAGAGGGCGCUCAAGGAAGAACUCCUCGGCGAGAAGCCGGAGGUGAAGCAGAAGUGGGCCAGCCGCCUCCUGGCCAAACUGCGCAAGGACAUCCGACCGGAAUGCCGAGAAGACUUCGUCAUGUCCGUCACGGGCAAGAAGGCGGCCUGCUGCGUCCUGUCCAACCCCGACCAGAAGGGGAAGAUGCGACGCAUCGACUGCCUCCGCCAGGCGGACAAGGUGUGGAGGCUGGACUUGGUGAUGGUGAUCCUGUUCAAGGGGAUCCCCCUGGAGAGCACCGACGGCGAGCGGCUGGUCAAAGGCGGCCGCUGCGCCAACCCGCUGCUGUGCGUGCAGCCGCGCCACAUCUCCGUCUCCGUCAAGGAGUUGGACCUCUACCUGGCCUACUACGUGCACCGCAGAGAGGCCGAGGACGGUCCCGGUCGGGAGGACGGUCACGCCGCCGUUGCCACGGACGGGCCGGAGUUCCGCGACGCCUUCGCCACGUCGGGAGUUUUCAGCGUCACUGAGCUGGUGCAAGUGUCCAGAACGCCCGUCGUCUCGGGGGCGGGGGCCAGUUUCUCCAUCGGCGAGCUUCAAGGCCACCUGGCCUACGACGUCAACCCGGCGCUCCCUCAGCCCGUCAACACGCGGCGCCCGCUCGCCGGCGCCUCGUCCAGCGGGAGUAAGCGGCGGCGCAAGUCCGGCUCCGCGGAGGAGGAGGCGGGCAGUCCGGGAGGAGACUUUUACCACUCGCCGUCCUCUCCGGUCGGCGGCUCCAGAAUCUGGACGGGCGACGCCGAAGGAGGUGCGUCCCCUCCGGUGAAGAAGGCCGAGCCGGACGCCCCUCCGGCCCGGGAGGACUCGCCCGGACCGGGUUCCUUCGCUCAGCACCACCGGCCCGUCAUCGCCGUGCACGGCGGUCUGCCCCGUCCUCACCCGUCGUCCUCUUUGCACUUCCCGUCGUCGUCCUACUUCCCGCACGGAGCGAUCCGCUACCCUCCCCAUCUGGGGCAAGACCCCCUCAAGGACCUGGUCACCUUGACCUGCGACCCCGCCAACCCGAGCUCGGUGAGCGCCGCUUCUUCUCCUCCUCCUCCUCCUCCUCUCGAUUCAUUUGGAACUUUUUGUCGACAGAUGAACGGCAGCAACCAGCUGAAAGUGAGCGGCCAUUACCUGUCGUCUCAGAUGCUGGCGCCCAACCUGGGGCCGCCGCCGUCCCCGCUGGCCCGGCCCGCCCCGAGCGCGGACGUCAAGCCCCCCAGCACCUCCUCCGACGGGGCGGCGAGCUCCCCCGCCUCGCCCGCGUACUCGGCGCCCGGGACGCCCCCCGCCGGUCGCUCCUCCUUUGUCGGCGUCGCGACUCGAGACCCCGCCGGACUCUACCAAGCCCAGUCUUGGUAUCUGGGCAACUGAAACACUACACGACGUCCCCUACGUGUGCUCACGCCGGCGUAUAACUGUAUCGUGUACGGUAUAUACGGACUCCAAACGGCUCUGAAGAUUGGUCGCCGGACCAAUUCCCCGGGAAGGAUGUGGAGAGGCCUUUAACCCCGCCCCCCCCCCCCCCUGCAGGUGCUGCUUCUCACAUAUGCAAAUACGCUUUGCUUCUUUUCUGGAUUUCCCAAAAGACGACAACAAAAACAGCAGAGAGCGGCGUUAAACUUUAUUUUAUCCCCAGCAAGAAAGGAAAAGGAAAAGAAAAGUUUUUGACGUCGGCGAGAAAGCUUUACGUUGCUCUUGAGGAUUUUUUUUGUUGAAAUGAUUCUUCUUCUAUUUAUUAAUCAUUAAUCUUCAGGCCCCCUCCUCAACGCAGUUGAGCCCCUUUCGCACGGCGCUCCUGCCAAACGGCCGCGUCGGUUCUUCUCCUUUUUCACACAGAACCCAGCGAAGUGCAACUCGCCGAGCGGUCGCGCGACGUCAGGCCGACGCCGUGCGCGAAAAUUCCGACGUACCGUUCGCUCCGUUGCGCCGCUCCCGAUUGGCUCAGGAUCGCGGGACAUUUUGCCUUCCGACCUUUACAUCGAGCUUCCGCUGCAUUGCGGUCGUCGCGCUUGAUCUCGCGGUGAUGUGCGGUACCGACAGUGACUUUGGUUAUCCGCCACGCGAUACGGAACAGACUCACGCGUCCGUCCACCUUUUUGAGACUUCUGUUUGCUGAACGUGGAUUACGUCGGUGCGUCGGCUCACAAAAGUCACGGCAAGGUGGAGGCGGUACGCCCGGUUUUUACCACCGUCACCCAAAGUGGAAUCGGGUGUUUUUCCCCAAAGCGUAUUUUUGUGCGCACGACGACGGGACAGCGCAGUCGGCGGCCUUUUGCCCUGUUCGUCGCCCGUCCAAUCGGACGCCGGCGUGCCUCCGAACUUUUUGCCCACUUCAGCUGCGACGUUCGUCCGACGACGCUGUUGAAACGCCGACGCGCACGUUUGCUGCAAACUCUGCGUGGGAGGGGCCCGUGCGUCAAGGGAUUUGGAACAACGGCCUGAAAAAGGAAUGCCGCUUUUUAUUUGUAUUUUCAUUUUCUUUUUUUUUUUUUUUUUGGGGGGGGGGGGGGCGCUCCAUUUUGCACGAUACGUCCGAAACCACAAUAUGUGCCUUGCCUUCAGUUCAACGACAAGAAAUAAGAAUGACGACACAUUUUGGAAAGGUAACAAUACUUUUCAUGGUACUGAAAACAAAAACAAAAAAUAAAGUUGCAUGCGGGAUUGCGAAGUAGAUUAGCGGGUGCACAAACUUGCGUCGACGGGCUCAUUUAUACGCACUCAAAUUGUCCCUAUUCAUCAAUUUAUCAGCUGGGAUACGUUCCGCAAUUUAACGAGAUCACGUCAACAUCAAUUUAAAAAAGUUUGAACCCUGUUUAAACAAACACAUUUCAUGCUACUUCCCUUAUCGCCUGUUAUUACUCUGGUAUAACAUCACUUUGAGGGAAUCAAAAAAAGACUCGUUUUUUUUUUUUUUUUUUGUUGAAAUUCAUGACAAGGUGCACAUCAAACACAAGCAAGUAAAACUUUUAACCAAAGCAGAUUAUUAGAAAACGUGUGCCGCCAGAUGAAGUGAAAUGUGGAAAUAAAAAAAGACGAAUAAAAACAAAUCAGCCACAAAGCUGGAACGCGACAUUGCGGGCUUGCGCUUGCAGUGCAAACAAACGCCAUCCGCCGGGGGGCGCCGCUGACCCCCGUGUAAAAAAAAAAAAAAAAUAAAUAAAUAAAUUGAAAAAUCGUCUUCCGGGUCGCGGGUGUGCCGGGGGCAGCCCGAACCGGACGCCAGCCAGUCGCAGGGCACGCAGGCGUUCGGAUUUGAACCCGCAACCUCAGUACUGUGGGCCAAAGAAAAUUCUUCAAAAGUCAAAGGGAGGGACGCUGACCGUGAAUCCAAACCAAUAAAUUGAUCGAGCCACCAACCAGACCUCCGAUCGAUUGACCCGUUGGCCUCCCGGACUCCCGUUGAGGCGGCACGGCCGCAUGUGGAAUCCCAAAGAUUUGUCGGGACGGCGUAUAAAUGAGCCUUUCGCCGUCGGACGACGCGACACCCGAUUAGCUUAGCCUGGCGCUACCACUACGACAGACGUUUGCUGCACUUUGUAUUCCCGACAGCAGGGGGCGCCGGUGCCCGCGGGCAAAGCGCGCUGCUGUUUGCUUAGCUAAGCCGCCAACGACGGCGUGGGCCUUAGCUCCGAUCCGGCUGUUUUGAACGCCGUCCACGUCCAUAAUCAUUCAUUUUUGUGAAUUAUUUUGCAUGCGACGUUUAUGAAGCGUAUCCUCGAAUUGAAACACACCCGCGUGUCUAAAUACUUUGAAUGUAUACGGAAAGUUUGACCGGUGGCCGAGCCGCUGGCGCGCAAUUCUGACGCUAAUGAUGCUAAAGCUAACCUCUGGCAGGAGGAUAAACGUGUUUGCACAGCAGGAAAAGGGACGACGUGAACGGGAAGACUUCUUCUUUUUCUUUCGGCUUGUCCCGAUAGGGGUCGCCGCAGCGUGUCCUCGGAGAGGAAAAACGGCCCAAAUGACGUCGUGAUUCCCGCAGGGGGAUUUUCGUGCCCCCGCCCGCACCGACGCUAACGUCGAGUUGCGUUUUGCAACGUCGUCCUUUGCAAUCACGAUCAGAAAUUAUUUGGAUGGUUCGAAGCCAAAAACAGUUGCACGUGGACUCCACGAAAGUCACUUCGCAAAUGUAGCCGUGUCUUAUGUUUUUGGGAUUAUUAUUUUGGUUUGUCUUCUCGUACAUUUCGGGGCAAAACUGCGCAAGGAAACGAUGAAAACGGGUUGCUAGCCGCAUCGCGCUCAUCCCAACAAGUUGGCGAGACGUCAUUUUGUUGUGGGUUUUUUUUUUUUUUUUAUCAUAAAUUGAAACAAAAAAAAAGCAAUUGACCUUUGAAUGCGCAAUCGAAAAUGAAAAUUAAUUGAGUCACUGAAUGACUAGUUUGAUUGUUAGCAUUUUUGAUGAAUUUUUGGGAGAUUUUAUUAAGAAAGACUCAGACAAAUUGUUUCAUUUCUAUUUCCGUAGCGCUUAUCCUCACGAGGGUCGCGGGCGUGCCUGAGCCCAUCCCAGCUUCGAUUAACGCAUGUUUCGGGGAUGCGGGAGGGAAGUCAGGCCGGCACUGGGGAGAACGUCCAACCUCCACGCAGGCGGGGCCGGGAUUCGAACCCGGGUCCUCACAACCGCCGAGGCGGACGCCACCCUCGUUUUUAUUUAUUCUACAUAUUUAAUGUACAUUUUUACGAUGAAUUUGAAUCAUUCAGAAAUCGACUGAGCAAUUCAUUUCUUUUGAAAAUGGAAAUGAAAUGAAGGAUGGCCACAUUUUUAGCUUCAUUCUUGGAUGGACGACGUCAAUUUUCUCCUUAAUUCCAAAAGAAACGGCGACUCCACGACGGAUGAAUGCCAACAACAAUAACUGCCCUUUGCAAACGUCAAACAUUUGGAGUCGUGCCAGUGGUUCUUCGGUGGCGUUCACGCCGACAAACGUAUUUUCCGCUUAGCAAAUGAACAUUUUUUGAAAAAGACACGUCGCUGUUGAAGAACGAUUCGAUUUGGGAGGCCAAAAAUUCCAGUUAGUCCUCGUCGUGCCUGCCGCCCGUUUAUUUAUUUAUUUUUUUUUCCUUCGCACGCUUGCAAACGGGCUCGCCGGGGGGGGGGGGGGGUUGCCGAGGGCGAAAAGGGCUGCAGCUUUGCCGCCGCCGCCGCUGCAACCAAACAAACAAACGCAAAAAUGUGAAUAGUCAACCUUUAUUUGCAUGAUGUGUCAAUUGUAAGAAGAGGAAGUGACACGUUUGGACUUCCCGUCAUGUGAUGACGACGAUGAUGUCACGGGAAGAGCGUUGGCAUUCGGUCAGCGCUGACGGAUUGUUGACUUUACGUAUGAUUGCCUAUGCAAAACCAAGCCAUCAAUAAAGAAGCUACACGACGACCGCUCACGUUUGUAGUGCCAAA